AUCGGUGACGGGAAACCAAUUCUGCAAGAUCUGGAACUCGAUGGUACUGGUGAUCAUGUGUAUGCGCUUACACCGAAGAAGCUCCAAGUUCAGGUUGUAAAAAUUCGAGUACGCCAAUGUGGUGGAUCAGGGGACUGCCGCAGCUGUUUGGAUCAGCGUGAUCCGUACUGUGGUUGGUGUGUUUUAAAUAAUGCUUGUGUUCCGGAGAGUAAUUGCACGAAAUCCAUACCAUCCACUGCACACGACUGGCUUACGUAUCAGAAUGGAAGAUGUCCUGCGUAUGAGUUUUCUCUUAUUUUUAUAACGAGUGCAUCGUUCCUGAAUGUCGAGCUGGAAAAUUUGCCGAACUUGGGCGGAUCAUUAUCUUGUAUUUUUGACUUUGGCAGUGCUCGCGGAUCAGUGGUAGUGGAUGCCGAGCCAAAUGGUGACCAGGACAAUCGGAUCAAAACACUGAAUACAGCUGCAGCUGCAUAUGUUUAUAAGUCUGCUGAAAAACAUCUAAAAAUGCGAGUGUUCGAACGGACCGGAAAAUGCCAGGAUUUCGUAACGGUGUUGCUGCGGGUGGAGAAUGGUUAA